AAUCAUCCCACCAGCACCAUCUAAAGCUCACUGACCCUUAAUUAUAUUUACCUAAACCAUAGUCCCAUAACCCAUAAUCCUUUGUCUGUUGUGUUUAUUUACCACAAAAACCACAACAUAUAUCUUUUACAUUCUGGUUUUAAUGCAGAUGAACCAAAAAGAUGUUUCUUUAUCUGUUUCAUACCUGUCCAGUCUUUGUGUUAAGCUAAACUAACUAGCUACUGGCUGUUUGCUUCAUGUUUACUGUACAAACACAACAUAAAGUCGUGUCAGUCUUCUUGUGGAAGUGUCAGCAGGACUGCAAGUAACCACAAAAUCCUGUAUGUUAAAGGGCAAACUGUUGUCUCAGAUUGAGGUUUUUGAUACACCACAUCAAUGAUUGUUCCUCAGAGGUGUUUGUAGAAAUGUAUCCAAUGAUCUUGUUGCCUUUUCAUUAAGUUUCUGGUCUUUUUAGCUGCACAGACCAUAAACUACAUAAAAGAACAAACUUGUGUGGUAUCAAUGUUCUGGGCAAGAAACCUAAUGUUCCUCAACAUUUGAAAGUGAAGACGCUUCCUGAGCAGAUGAGUUUCCUGGCGUCACACAGUGACAGUCACUGAACAUCAUGGAGCCAGUCAGCAGUCCUGCCUCUAGCAGUGACACUCAAAAUGGUGAUUUUCCUGUUUGGUUUCCUAUUUUUAUGAAUGAAGGCGGAGGUCAGUGAGCUUUCUGGUCUUAACCACCAGGGGGUAGAGCGACACGCAGAAAGAAUAGCCUCCUCUCUCUCUCUCUCUCUCUCUCUCUCUCUCUCUCUCUCUCUCUCUCUCUCUCUCUCAUACUCAACAUAAAGGCGACGUCCAAAGCUAAAAACUUGCGCUUGAUGGCACUGGAGGAGUCGGCGGGCAGCUUCAGCCCUCGGGUCCGUGCACGGUGAGGUGGAGGGACGGCAGAUCAUGGUGUGAAGCCGGUGACCAUCGAGCUGAAGCAGAGUCUAGCUGCUCCUCUUUUCUCCUCCCUCUCUCUCGCUCUCUCUCUCUCCUUCCCUUCUCCUCUGAAAUCUGACACAACAGAGCCAGCUCUCUCUGUAGUUGUGGAUGUCUCAGAGAGGAUCUGCAAGAACAGAAACACUGAGCUCGAGCUGCUGCGUUUUUCACAUGGCUUCAACCUGGGGCGAGAGGGACAACCCCUGAAGCCCAGUUCUCCACGAGGGACACACACACACACAUCUCCGCUAUCUGCCGCCGAGUUGAUCCAAAGGCAGUCGGAGCCAUGGCAGCGACUUUAUCAGCAGACGAGGAGCAGGCUACCAGGCAGUUUCUGGAGGAAAUCAACAAGUGGACCAGUCAGCAUGGCGUGUCGCCGCUGUCCAGAGAACUGGCCGUCAAGUUCCUCAUGGCUCGCAAGUUCGACGUCCUCCGAGCCAUCGAGCUCUUCCACAGUUACAGGGAAACACGUCUGAAAGAAGGAAUCGUCAGACUUCAGCCUCAGGAGGAGCCUCUGCGCUCAGAGCUGCUCAGUGGGAAGUUUACUGUGUUGAGUGUGCGGGACCCUUCAGGGGCCUCCAUCGCCCUGUACACGGCAAAACUUCACCACCCCAACAAGACGGGCAACCACGUGGUGCUGCAGGCCCUCUUCUACCUCCUGGAUCGGGCUGUGGAAAGCUUCGAGACCCAGAGGAAUGGCUUGGUGUUCAUCUACGACAUGGCAGGUUCCAACUACACAAACUUUGAGCUGGACCUGAGCAAGAAGAUCCUCAACCUGCUGAAGGGGGCAUUCCCUGCCAGGCUGAAGAAGGUGCUGAUCGUCGGGGCCCCUGUUUGGUUUCGAGUGCCGUACAAUCUGCUAAGCCUGCUGCUCAAAGAGAAACUUAGAGAGAGGGUUCAGAUGGUGAAAAUGGCGGAGCUGCGCCAACACCUCCCCAGAGACUGUCUCCCCCAGCACCUCGGUGGCCUGCUGCCCCUGGACGCGCACAGCUGGAACCAGCAGCUGCUGGUGGGCCAGAACGGCCGAGUGGACCCAGUGGACGAGCUUGUGGCCAUCCCCCUGGAGGACACGUCCAUUCACGCCCCUGGACCUGAGUCCAUGCGACCACAGGAGCUGCUGAUGCACCUCGGCAGGCUUCAGCGCUCAGGCAUCCACCAAGAGUAUGAGGAGCUCCGCAAGGAACCACCGCCUGGAACAUUCCACUGUGCACAAGCAGCCUACAAUCAGGAGCGGAAUCGCUAUGGAGACGUGCUGUGCCUUGAUCAAACAAGAGUGCGCUUGAAAGCCAGAAGGAACGAGAGAUCUGACUACAUCAAUGCAAGCUUCAUGGAUGGCUACAAACAGACAAAUGCAUACAUUGGUACUCAAGGACCACUGGAAAAGACCUACGGUGAUUUCUGGAGGAUGGUCUGGGAACAAAACGUGCUUGUUAUUGUCAUGACAACCAGGACAGACGAGGGCAGUCGGAGGAAGUGUGGACAAUACUGGCCACUGGAGGAAGGAGGUCAAGAGGUGUACUGCCAUAUGGCAGUGGUGAACCAGCGGGUGGACCACCACACCCACUACAACCACACAACCCUCGAACUGCACAACACUGAGACAUGUGAACAGAGACACGUGAGUCACUUCCAGUACCUCAGCUGGCCUGAUUACGGCGUCCCCACCUCCGCUGUGACUCUCAUUGACUUCUUGGGAGCGGUGAAGAGACAACAGAGGAAAACGGUGAAGUCUUUGGGGCUUCAGUGGACAGGCCACCCGCUGGGACCCCCAAUGGUGGUGCACUGCAGUGCAGGGAUUGGAAGAACAGGUACCUUCUGUGCCCUGGACAUCUGCCUGUCCCAGCUACAGGACGUUGGCUCGCUAAACGUGUGCCAGACGGUGCGGCGCAUGCGAACACAGAGAGCCUUCAGCAUUCAAACCCCGGACCAGUACUACUUCUGCUACAAUGCCAUUUUGGAGCACGCCCAAAGACAGGGCCUGCUCCCAGCCAAUCAGUGAGCUUCAGCCGUGACUUCCCGAACCAAUCCACGAGCCCUGAGAUGUCCGUGGUCGAUCUGUUAACCCCCCAAGUCGGUUGUGUGACCAAUUAGUCAGUCCGGGAGAGAAGCUGUCAUUUGAAGCUCGGCCAUUUUUCAUUGGCAGACCAAGACAAGACAGCAACAGUUAAAAUGCUUGAGCGCUGACAUUAUGAUGUUUCCAUGUGAUAACAUUCUGGCUGCCAACAAUGUGACAUUUUGUUUUUUUGCUGAACAUAUCUCAGAGUGAACCCAUUGUGCGUUUUGUGUGUCUGUGGUCAGGGACGUGUGGAGGUAACGCAAAUUAGCCUUUUGAUUAUUUAUUUACCACUUAAAGUAAUGGUUUAAGGACCUCAUUAAAGGAAUAGUACACCCCAAUCUAUAAAGUUAAUCAUUACCCCCUUAUCCCAGAUCAGGUAAAACUCCACUAAUUGUUUUUUCCUGCAAAAUAAAACAUUUGACUUAAAAUUUCAGUCAAAUUCUCUUUAAAGGCUGCAGUGAACAGGGACCUGGUACUUUUCUCCAAACAACUGCUAUAGAAAAGUAUUUGUAGCUAACUUCCCCAUAGGCACAAGCACGUGCACAAAGGCCUUUUUCAGACAUGAACUCCAGAGAAUGUCCGCAGAAUUGGGUCUGGCCUUUCUCCUUUCGCACAAUCAAUGCAGCUGUAUAUUCUCCACUCAGACGUGUUCACAACAACACAGAAAUCUGUGGAGGGUGAAUCCUGCAGUGGAUCUCCUGCUGUGUUCUCAAAUUGGUUCAAUUGGACAUUCUCUGAUGUUUUUACCAGGGGGCUGGGAUGAGAAAGUCAGAAAAAUUUUUCAAAGUCUCUCUUUCGGACAUUUGCAUUCUCACAUACAGCCCCUGCGGAGAAUGUUAGGAGAUUAUCCAGAGUUCAGUGCGUAACUGAAUGCAGCUUAACAGAUGUAUCAGGUAAGAAGCUGAGUCAUUUUCAAACAGCUCAAUUGGUCAGAUUCUGCUUUCAAUGAACAAAUUGUAUUUAUUUGAGUUUCAAGCAAGAUGCAAGUUAUCGACACAAUUUAAACAUUUUGGGGUAAAAUGAUCCUUUAACUAAGCACAGCUUUUUUUGUUCCAAACAAGGAGCUUUAUCACCACUCUCAAGCAACAAUAAUAUAAUAAUAGGGUAGAUUUUGCACCUCCAGUGUCCAGUAUAGCUCGCUGUUCACUGCAGUGGAUUUUCAGCACAUGGUUACGUAGAUGGUACGAGCUAGUUCUGCGUCGUCUCAGGAGUGUAACGCUGAACACAAGGAGGUGAAACUGUCCAACAAAAUAAAAGGAUUUAGUGAAUGGCAGUAAGGAGGAGUAAAGCACAUCCAAAAACCGAUCAGGCUGUAAACUCCUGUUUCAUCCCGGCUCUGAUCACUCAUUAAACUGCUGUCCAUGUGAUUUCCUCUUUAGUUUUUCUGAUGUAUCCACUGAAACCUUCUGUCUCACCCUAACAUUGAUAUUUCCUGACUCGCAGCACAGACAGUGACCAGCAUCUGUGGUUCACCUUCUCUUACUAGCAGUGCCAUCAUGCUGUAGUGAUUGUGGUGGGAAUGUAUUGCUUACCCACAUGCGUACACGCUUGUGUAGAGCAGUCCAUGCUGCAGCAGCAAAGCCAUUGAAUCUGUGUAAGUCAUCAGUUAAGACCUCAUGAGUAGUGCAAUACUUUUUCUUUUUUGUUACACAAAUCAUGUCUUAGCACUUUUAAAUGACUCUUCCCUGCGUGCUCUGAGAUUAUUACAGCGAUAGAAUGGGAUGACAAAACAUAGUAAUUCUGUAGAUCUGCACAUGAUACUGGGAUAACUUAAUCUUACUGUUACAUUUAGUGAUGCUUAGAUAUAAAACGGUUAGUGACAUCUUGGACUCGCUCUAAUCGUCUGCAUAGAGCUUUACUGAGACAAAGCAAGAGGAUUUUACAGGGAAAUCACACAUUAAUUAGAGCAUAGCUGAAUAAAUGUACACAAACCUGUGCCUACACCCUAUAAAGUCCUUCUUAGGCACUCGAGAGUCAGAAAUGUUGUCUGAAGUGAAUUCUAAUUGUCGUCGUCCUUCAGGACUGUGGCUGUAAUCAGUGCUUUCAUCUGGUCCCAGUGUCUUGCCAUUAUUAUAUAGUACAUGCAAGUACUGAGUGUGUGUGUGCGUGUGUCAUAAGUUGCAUUAUGUUGUUGCCGGGUGAAAAAAAAAAUGUGUUCUUUGCUACAGAAUUCAUAUUGAAUUUGCUUGUAGUGAAGCCUUUUUUAAGUCUGCCAUCCUUAUGCACUCUGAUUUUAGAAUUAUUUUUCCUUUCAGCAAAAUGUGCCCCGUUUUAUUUUUCUAUUGUAUUCAACAACUGUUUUCAUACAAUUACCCAGGAUUAUACAAAUAUCUACAUUAAUUUUAUAUUUGUUCUGUUAUAACCUAUUACUUUAUCAUUUGUAUUGACUAUUGAAUCAAGCUAUACUGUAUUAAAUACAAACCAUGUCAAUGUGGACGUUUUAA